AUGUCUGCCUGUGCCAUCGCCCUCCCCAUCGAACUCUGGUUAUACAUUUUUCGUUUGGCCACCAUCUCAUCCUUGACACAUCGCCUCUGUGCCACUACCUAUGGCCCGUUCGAAACAGCCUCACUCAUCGCUCAGGAUGACAAGGACGCUGUCAAGACGAAGUCCGCAUUGGUCCGCGUCUGCAGGCAAUGGCGUGCGCUCACCUUGGACCUUUUCUACGAGGACCUCUGGAUUGGCAGCCCAGAGAGGCUGGUCCAGCUUCUAACAAACGAGGAGAGGCAGGAGAUUGGAGGGCGCGGAAAAUGGGUCCGUCGCGCCAACCUUCCAUAUACGAGUUCAACGACGGUGAGGCCCCGCCGUCUCGACGCCAUCGAAAUUCUUGAACAAUGUCCCCGACUAGAGAUUCUGGUCCGCAUUGGUCCCUUCCGUCCAGACGUGGACCUCCGUUUUGAAUUCCCUACCGAGUGUCCCCCAUUGCCGUCUCUGAAGCGUCUUGACUGGUGGCAUCUUAGCGACGCAGCUCGUUCCGGAGGUAUCAACUCCCUCGGAGACGUCCUCCAAGCUGCACCCAAUUUACUAUACUUGUCAUUGGGUGGAUAUGUCAGGUUCACCCAUUUGACAAGAUCGCUCAUCAGCCUCCCCUUUUUGGAGACGCUUCGUAUCUUGCGCCUGAACGUGCUGUUUGUCCAGCAAACAUGCCGCUGGUCCCUGCCUGGCCUGCGCCAUCUCAUCAUCGACACUGUGGAGGAUAUCAGCAUACUUGAAAGUUUUUGGGAAGCCUUUGGAGCACAGUUACGUACCGUCGAAUUAGGCCCGAGCCUCAGUUACUACGUCUACGACUCCCUGUCGUACAUCCUCCCGGGCUGUCCGCAGCUCAAAGCCCUAAAUUAUCACAUCCACUUUACGGCUGUCCCGUCUUCAUUUCGGGACACAUUCGGUUCGCUCACCACCGUCGGACUGCAUGCUCAUCCCAACCUCCUGCUUCCGCCCGAGAGCGUGGAGUAUUGGAGACGCUUUCAAGAACAUUUCGCUAUGCUCAGCGGUCCAGCAUUCCCAGCAUUAAAGGAAGUGUUCCUCUACGGCGACUGGGAUUCGGUGGUAGAAGACAUUCGCUAUCCGUUCUUGGUUCAACCCUUACUUAGCCGCCAUUGCAUUAUAGAGCAUAGAUUGUAG